AUGUCCGGUACCGAGCAGACUUUCCACUACACCAAGGAGGACGUCCGCAAGAUGGAGCAGCGUGACUCCAAGGCCCACGGCGGUAACGUCGCUGCCGACUCCAACGCUGCUGCCAUGCAGUCCAUCGUCGACCAGGCCGACCAGAACAAGGCCGACCUCAUUGAGGAGCGCCGCAGCAACCUCCCCAAGCCUGAGGCUCCCCCCGCCAAGUCUGACUUCAACUCCAAGGACCCCAGCACUGUCGAUGUCGGCUCUGGCCGUUUCUCCGAGGGCAUCUCUCACGGCAACGACGCUCUCCGCGAGCCUGCCACUGGUGACAGCACUGCCCGCAGCGCUGAUGCCACCCUCGGUGAGGGUGUUGGCCGUGAGGGUAAGGAUGGUCUCUCUGGCAUCCCCAACGACGCUGUCACCCGCGAGGCCAAGGGCAAGGCCGGUCUUUCCGACACCACCAACAAGGACUACGGUUACCCCAAGAACGACCCCUCCAGCGCUUCCUCGUAA